AACAAAUCCUGCCCCAUGAUUUGAUUAGGAAAUCACAUUGGCUUCAUAUUUAAAUCAGCUCCUUUGUGCACCUGACAUCUUCCCCAGGUAAUUGAUACAAAAACAAACAACACUUAGUCUGAAAGGUUUGUGUACGUCUGUGUUGGGGCCUGUCUGUUUUUUUUAACCCCCAUGCUCUCCGAUUACCUGCAUGUACCAAGUUGUCUGGGCGGGUCUUUGUGGCAGGAAUAGGUAGAACCUCUUAAAACAAAAAAGCUGAUACACUCAUUGGCUGUAAUUAUUGGCUAGCACAUCACUGGAGAACAAAAAGGCUAUUGUAAGAUUCCCUUUACCUGAGUUUCUACAUUACUUUGGUUUUGCACACUUCUGCAGGUUUCGGUAUUCUUGUGAAGCUUGCCGUUCAACUCUUGGCUUUGAAACGGAUUGUCCUCAGUUGUCCUCUGGAUCCCUUGAGUGGACGUUUAGGAACAUGGUUGGAUGAUUUACAACUUGUUUUGCAGACCAAUUCCUUGUCACCCCGUGUGGGACCUUAUACAGUCCUUGUUCCCAUCAUGGCGAUGGGCUUCUCCCCAGAACAGGUGGCGUGUGUUUGUGAGGUUCUUCUCCAGAGUGAAAGCAUGGAUCGCUUGUCCUCGUUCUUAUGCUCUUUACCUUCCAAUGUGUAUCUGGGAAUGGCCCACAGUCAAGAGAGCGUGCUGAAAGCGCGGGCUGCGGUCGCCUUCCACCACUGUCGUUUCGCUGAGCUCUACGCCUUGUUAGAAGGGAACGUGUUCUCCCCGCGCAGUCACCCUCUGCUCCAGCAGCUCUGGCUCCAGGCUCACUACAAGGAGGCUGAAUUACAGAGGGGCCACCCUCUUGGGGCCGUGGGGAAGUACCGAAUCCGCCACAAGUUCCCUCUUCCUCGUACCAUCUGGGAUGGAGAGGAGACCAGCUACUGCUUCAAGGAAAGGUCUCGCAGUGUAUUGCGAGAGUGCUACUGCAGAAAGCCGUACCCCUCGCUGCGAGAGAAACGAGAUUUGGCUGCAGCCACUGGACUCACUGCCACACAAGUCAGCAACUGGUUCAAGAACCGUCGACAGCGGGACAGAGCUGCGGCCAGCCGUCAGGGCAGGACAUCAGCAGGAGCGUUCCUGAGCUCUGAUGAGGAACUCUCACCGCCGGCGAGUCCCAGCACACUCUUCUCCUGCUCCCAGCAGCUCUCUCCCCACACGUCCCCUCUACGUCACCUGGGACCAACACACUACUGAAACUGAUGCAGUGGAAUACAGGAAUCCGUUUAACUUGGACAUGCAUCUCAAUACAGUAGAAAAGACAGACCUCUACUUCCAUUUCACCAUGACUUCUUGCAGCCCCAAAGAGUAACAUAUCAACACGUCAGCAGACUUUAAAUUGGCUGUAAUUGACUGUCUUCUAUACUUACGCAAAAUUAAAGACAAACAAAUCCAGAGUUUCCUUGAGUUUAUUAUGAAUUUCCAUCAGACCCUUGACAAGGUCUUUAGGUUCGAAAUGGUGACAGCUCAAUGACUGAGAAAUGUAAAAAAAAAAAAAAAAGAAAAAGAAAAAAAGAAGAUCUCUCUCAGUUCACAUGAAAUGCUACUCACAGAUUCUUAAAACAUUUGUCUCUCAGUGUCUUGCGUACUGACCUGCUUGUAAAGUGCACCAUCACUGCCUUUUCCCGAACACAGCCUGAAUGCAACGGCAUUUAAAAUGCAGUUCAUCAGCACAUACCGUGCAAAUGAUGAAUAAUGAAUGUAAUCAUUAAACAAACCUUACUCUGAAUUCCACUUCAAAGUCAAAUGUGAAGUUUUACCACAAAAUUAACAGUCUCUUUAAGAAUGACAUAAGGGCUCAUACAGCUGCAGUAACGUUUGGCCUAUUACGACUUAUGGCUCUUUUCAGCAGAAAAAUAUAUGAAUAUCUUCAGCAUGUACAUUCACAUUCCAAAUAAACACAUCAUUAUGCUGGG